AUGGAUAGCUCAGCACGAUACAGCCGACGCUUACCAGAAGCAACUGAGGCCUGGAUCCUUGGAAGCGGAAUUGCGUCUCUAUCAUCAGCAGUUUAUCUGAUAAAGCUUGCUCAUUUACGUCCUUCUGCUGUGCAUAUCCUAGAUGAACACUUGUCCUUACGGCAAGCAGUACAUCAACAAGGUAGUGAGCAUGAAGGAUACGACCAAUUUGCGGGUUGUCUUCCUGUUCCCGUUGGAUCGGAGUUGAGAGAGAUUCUCCGUAUGAUUCCAUCCGCUGUGGCCGAAGGCCGCUCCUAUUUUGAUGACAUCCAAGAAGAGGAGAAACAACUCGCGAUGAACAGAGAAGAACUCGCGAUGAACAGAGAAGAUGGUACCUGUUUUAUUGCACAAAACGACGGAGCUUUCAAACACCUGCCCACGAAGUCGCUGAAUAUAGGGUGGAGCCACAGAAUACAUAUGAUGCGGCUUCUUCUAAAAGGGGAGAAAAGCCUGCAAAAAAAGGAUGUCCGUAGCUUUUUUGGGGAAAGCUUCUUUGAAAGUACAUUUUGGACAAUCUGGUCGACUCAAUUCGGUUUUCAGCCCUGGCACAGUGCCACAGAAUUCAGGCGUGCUGUUAGGCAAUAUUUAUCUGACUUCCACAGCUUAAGCAUUUUGAGCUGUCUGCAUCUCACAGGUUAUUAUCAGUACGAGGCAAUAUACCUUCCCAUUUAUUUCUUUCUCCAGAGUCAGGGCGUGGACUUUCAGUUCGGCAUCAAAAUACGGAAUAUCGAGACUACGGUUGACCAAAACCGUCAUAAAAUCAGCCGGCUAGCCGUUUCUCAGCACGGACUUGAGUCCAAAAAGUUUCUAGGAGACAGCGACAUCGUCAUUGCUACACUGGGCUCGACUAUCUCGGGAUCUGCAAUUGGAACAAAUGAUCUCCCGCCAGCUUGGCUUUCAGCCGAAGCGAGAGACCACCUCGACGCGAACUGGGCACUAUGGUUAGAAGCUGGCAACAAAUACCCCGAUCAUGGCAAUCCUUACACUUUUUGCACACGCAAAUCCGAAUCUAUAUUGGAAUCCUUUACUGUCACAACAGAGCACAUCGGAUUUGUCGAAUAUCUUCAAUCUCUAUCGAAAUGCCAAUCUCAGGCUGGUGCAAUUAUUCUCAUGAAGAAAAGUGGCUGGGGCAUAAGGCUUUGUCUCCCUAUCCAGCCCGUGUUUGCUCAACAGUCGCGAGACGUCCGUGUCCUCUGGGGUUUUGCGCUCUUUCCCGGAAAUGAAGGCGAGCAUAUUAAAAAGAGCAUGUUGUUUUGUUCCGGUGCAGAAGUCAUGUCCGAGAUUCUACAUCUUCUGGAUCUCUCUGGCGAACUGGCCACGGAAGUUCUACAGCGAUCUAUUACCAUUCCACGCGUGAUGCCGAAGAUGAGCUCGACAUUAUUGACCAGGUCUUUCGAAGAUCGCCCUUGUAUUGCCCCAAAAUCAGUCGUCAAUCUCGCCCUAGUCGGGCCUUUCGUCGAGACUCCAUGGCGCACUUGUGUAGACACAAGCUACGGUAUUCACGUAGCACGGGCAGCUGUAUCACGUCUUAUGGGCCUUCAAGAAUGGACCGAGGAACAUUCGCGACCGUCAAUCUCCAGGACAUUGAUUACUCUGCUGAGGAAAUGA